AGCAUCAUGUGAAAUGAGUCGAUCCCAGUUUCGUAAUUUCAUUAAUAUUCAGACAAUGAUGUAUCGUUGACUUUAUGAGUUUUAUUAAUCUGUAUUUGCAAAGUUGGUCGGUCGUUUGAUUGAUUAAUUAAACUGGUUAACCGGUUAAGUGGUAUGAUUUAUUAAUCAACGGGAGUUCUAACUAAUCGAUUUGACGUAUGAUUUUAUAUCUCAACAAGUGGACUUGGCUAGUGUCUACCGAACAACAUGGAAAUAAUUUAUGUCUGGUUUUGGCACUUCAUGUGAACUGGAUGGCUUUUUAAGGGUUAUGCCGAUUGUUAGGGAAAAUAACAUUCUUUUGUUUGACCCGAGAUUUUUUUUUCAAGAUAAUUGAGGUGUUCUGAUGAUUGCCCUAUAUAUUUUUUAAGCGAGACCUAGACCAUUUCAACAAGUUUAGACUUUAGAGUAGUUUGUAAUGUUUAGUGUAUUUGAUAAUUUCAUAAAAGUAAAGAACAUGAAAAUAUCGAUGAAAAAAUUACAUUAGACUCUCGUGACAAAUAAAUUAAAGCAUGCAUUAAUUUAUAUAGUGAAUGAUCUAACCUAUACUUUUCUUAAUUAAUAUUAAAAUUUUGUAUUAAAAAUAAUUAUUAGUUUUUAUUUUUUGAUUUUCCAAACAAAUUUAAAUUAACUUAGAUUUUCUAGACUAUUUUAUUUUCAUGUUUUAUCAUAUUGAUAAGAUAGAUCUCAUUGAUUUCCCAAUUAUGUGUUUCUUAUUCUAUGUAGUUUAAAUGUAUGUUAAAAUUCUCUUAUACCAGGACAUGAUUACAAAGUUGCAUUGUCUUCCAUAUAAGUCACAACAAUUUAUCAUAUUUGCAUAUAUGAAAUAUUCGUCUGCAUCAUUUGCACUGCAAAAUAGAAAAAAAUCAAACAUGCAGAACAUACAUACACACUGACACCACUUACAUUCACAUUAUAUCCAAUAUAUAUUGUCAAGUGUAUGAAUACAACCUGUACCGAAUGUGAAUUCCUUUUUUAAUUAUAAAAAAGACACGUUCCAAUGGAAUAAGAUCUUCGAUGUGAAAACCGUAAUUUAAUAAAAACAAAUACUUUUGGUCAACACACUACAAAAUAUAUAAACCACCAAAGCAAUGGAUCAAGAAUGAAUAUCAAGAAUCACCGGAACAAGAAUGGCUGGAGAAGGAGCGACCUUGGAGUACACACCAACAUGGGUGGUGGCUCUCGUCUGCUCCGUCAUCGUCUCCAUCUCUUUCGCGGUUGAGCGUGGUCUCCACCGUGCCGGAAAGCACUUUGAUAAGAACAAUCAGAAGCAGCUUUUCGGGGCAUUACAGAAAGUCAAAGAAGAACUUAUGCUGCUAGGGUUCAUAUCGUUACUGCUAUCAGUAGGCCAGUCAAGAAUAGCAAAAAUUUGCAUAUCAAAGGAGUUAAGUCAAAAGCUUCUCCCUUGUAAGAAACCAGAAGAAGAUAAGUCCCUCAAAGACAACUCUCAUUUCCAGUUCAGCUUCACCGGCCGUCAUCUUCUUGCCGGAGACUCUGCCGCCGGCGACUACUGCUCUCAAAAGGGAAAGGCUCCUUUGAUGUCAUUAUCAGCUCUGCAUGAGCUUCAUAUAUUCAUCUUCGUGUUAGCUAUUGCUCACAUUAUUUUCUGCCUCUUGACCAUUAUUUUUGGUACUAUGAAGAUAAUGAAAUGGAAAAAAUGGGAGGAUCAAGUUCUAGAAAAAGACUACAACCAAGACCAAGUGAUCCAGAAGAACUAUACAGCGGUCAGAGAACACGACUUCAUCAGGGGACGAUUUCUUGGAGUUGGAAAAGCUGAUGCUUUCUUUGGAUGGGUGCAUUCGUUUAUGAAGCAGUUUCUUGCAUCAGUCAAUGAAUCAGAUUACAUCACAAUGAGGCUAGGGUUUAUCACGACUCAUUGCAAGACCAAUCCAAAAUUCAAUUUCCACGGGUAUCUAAUACGUGCUCUCAAUUCUGAUUUCAAGAAAGUUGUCGGUAUCAGUUGGUACCUUUGGGUAUUUGUGGUUUUCUUCUUGCUUCUAAACAUUACUGCAUGGCAUGUUUACUUCUUGCUAGCUUUUGUUCCUUUGAUUCUUUUGCUUGCCGUGGGGAUGAAACUGGAGCAUAUCAUCACAGAAUUGGCUCAUGAAGUUGCAGAGAAACACAUUGCUGUAGAGGGAGAUUUGGUAGUGAGACCAUCAGAUGAUCUGUUCUGGUUUAAAAGUCCACGGCUAGUUCUCUUCUUGAUCCAUUUCAUUCUGUUCCAAAACUCGUUUGAACUGGCCUUCAUCUUCUUUAUCUUUGCUCAAUAUGGUUUUGAUUCUUGCAUCAUGGGACAAGUCCAGUUCAUAAUUCCAAGACUAGUUAUUGGGGUAUUGGUUCAGCUUCUCUGCAGUUACAGUACCUUACCACUCUACGCCCUCGUCGCUCAGAUGGGAAGUUCAUUCAAAGGUGCAAUAUUCACGGAUCAGACACAACAACAGAUUGCUGGAUGGGCAAAAUCUGCAAAGAUGGCUAAAAAGAAAGGCUCAACUCAUGCAGGUUCCAGUCACGGUGGCACUUCAAACCCUGUAGCCACUCCUUCACCGAAGUCUAUCCAGUUACAAUCUCUUCUAGCCAAAGGCUCCUCCUCUCAACAAACUAACCUCUCUCAGGGGAAACCUGAGAUUGUUGAGGAAUAGUAACGUCCUAAACAAAAGCUUCCAUCAGAUUCUGUUUCAGACAAGAACACUUCAUUAACUUUUUGUAAUAUACAAAAUCUGAUUUAACGGUGUUUGUAAGAAUAUUACUUUAAGUCUCUGCCUGUCUGAUUGAAUACAAGAUUUGCUUUUUUUUCAAGAA